AUGUCGACUAUGGACCCCAACCAGCGUUUUGUCAACUCGCUUGAGGGCACAGGCCUGAGUUUGUUUGUCGUGUCCAUUGUUGGCGGCAUAAUGUCGUUGCUUGUGGUAGGCUUAAGGUCGUUCCACCGAUUUCAAGCAAGGAAUUUCAGCCUAGACGAUGGAUUGAUGCUGGGCGGUCUGGUCGUCUACCUGGUGGAUGUCGUCCUUGCCUGCAUUGGUGCCAAGAGUGGCCUGGGCACGCGCAAUGCGGACCUCAGCGCCACAAUGAUGGUUGAGUCGAUAAAGUACUUGAUGCUCUGGAUGUUGCUAUAUGUAAUAGCGUUAUGCUUGGUCAAAGCAGCAAUCUGCAUCACUACAUUACGGAUCGCCACGACCAUGCCCAAGCUGCGCAUCGCCGUCUACGUUCUGUUGGGGAUGACAAUCGCCUCGUUCAUCACAACCUUCAUUGGCAUCCUGCUUCUGUGCCGCCCUGUUGCGGCCAACUGGGAUGCAAGUAUCGUAGCGGAAGGCCGUGGCGAGUGCUCUCCAGUCACCUCCAUGCUAGCCUUGUCGUACACGUCGACUUCGACCACCAUCGCCACCGAUCUCGCCUGUGCCGUUCUUCCAGCAAUCAUUCUCUGGCAGACGCAGAUGAAGCUCUCGACGAAGAUCAUGGUCUCCACUGUCCUCUCUUUUGGUUCUUUUGCUUCAGUUUGCACCAUGAUUCGAACUCCCUACAUUGAUAACUACAAUCGUCCUACCGAUGACCUUGCCUUCCACAUCGCAAAUAUACCACUUUGGUCAAAUGUCGAGACCGCCGUUGGUCUCGUUGCCGGAUCUCUCCCUGCCCUGCGUCAAUUCUUCUUGGGUAACGGCUCAACACGAGUUACAGCACGCGGUACGGACGGCUCCAGCGGACUUCAUCCAGUAUCAGCUGGGCUUGUUACCAUAGGGGGCUCGGGAGGGACGUCUAAGACCAAGUCCCGCAAGGGUCUUAAGUCGAACUUUGAGAUCGAUGAGGCCGAACAGGGCGACUGGACUCGCCUUGACGAGGACAACGUGUCAGACAAAGAGAGCACCGUACCAAUUCGUGGUAUUCGAAGGCAGACGACCUAUGAGGUCGAGAUGUCAUCGCUACCCGGCCACAAGUAA